GGCUUCUACUUCAGUGAAAAGAUGGCAGGAAUUUUCGCCUACGAGAGUUCAGAAAUUGACUGGUGUGAAGACAACUACCGACACUCUGAACAUGUAGUGGAGUACUUCAACACUAUAAGCAGCUUUAGUUUCUUCAUUAUAUCUCCCAUCAUGCUCUACCUUCUACACCCUUAUGCCAAAGAAAGGAACCUGGCAAUUCACACAGUCUGGGUCAUGAUGAUAUUUGUAGGUGUCUUCUCUGCGUACUUCCACAUGACACUUAGUUUCGUUGGCCAGAUGUUGGAUGAGCUGUCUAUACUUUGGGUCCUGGCGGUGGUAUAUGCAGUCUGGUUCCCCCGCAGACUCUUCCCUUCUUUUAUAAAAGACAGGUCAACAUUUUCAAGCCUCGUACUUGUGAUUACUGUCAUCACCACAGUGUCGUCAUUUGUCAAACCUACAGCCAAUGCCUAUGUUUUGAACUGCUUCGGCCUCCAUAUGCUUUAUAUUCUGGCUGUCGAAAUGAGAUGCUGCAACGACCAGAAGGUUCUGCGACUGGCCAAGAUGGCAGUGGCUAUGUGGGUGCUCGCUAUCUCAUGCUGGAUUAGUGACCGCUUUGGCUGCAGCUUCUGGCAGAGGCUAAACUUCUGCUACCUCCAUGGUUUUUGGCACAUUCUGAUUGUGAUAGCUGUGGCCUAUGGCAGCACUCUGAUAGCUUACCUGGAUGCCAACUAUGAGAUACCCUACUCUCUGCCUGGACUGCAGUACUGGCCGUGUGAUAAAUGGGCUGUUGGAUUACCUCACAUUGUCCUAAAGGGCACUACUAAAACACAGAAACGGUGCUAA